CCUUAGUCCAUGGUUGUCUAAAUGAUGGCAGUAUCAUGCCCAUAUUUAGUCAUAUUAUUGCAAAUUCUUAGUGGGUAUUGCUUUAAGGAAAUAACUUCACUAAAUGUUAAUUUUACGACUAAGGAUAGUUCAACCAGUACAUUGACAGAGACUACAGGCAGAAUACUAACAGAUAGGAUAACCACUGCAUUAAUGGAAUACAACCCCAGUAUAACAGAAAUUACAACCACAACACUGAGAGAAAAUACAACCAAGACAUUGAAAGAAGGUGCAACAGAGACAUUUAUAGAUGGUAUGACCAAAACAUAUAUAAAGAACACAACCAAGACAUCAACAAAGGGUACAACCAAGACAUUAACAGAGGGUACAACCAAGACAUUAACAGAGGGAACAACCAAGGCUUUAACAACUGACUCAAUGAGAAACACAACAAUUAUUCCUCACACACAUUCAUUACAUAGAUGCUAUAUUUGUACAUGUAAGACCCAGAAAUGCAAUAUGCGAGACAGAUGUAUUUUGCAGAACUCGUUUCAGUUCUGCCAUGGUGUCAAUAAGUUCUGGAUGGAGGAAUACCUGUGUUACAUUCCACAGAAAACAAACUGUUAUGUUAUGGUGAACUGUAGAAGUUGGGGCCAGUGUGCAGGUUGUUCAUAUUCUUAUGUGAUUACCUGGAGUCCAUUAUGUAAUGAUACAACUUGCACAAUUUACAUCAAUGCAGAGAAACUAUACAUGUAUACUGAAGAUGACCAGCACAUUUUAACAGUUUUGAAGGAAUUCAAACAGUGUUUUCAAGGACGUCAACUGAUUAAAGGUACAC